AUGACCGAUUACAAUGUCUUGGCUAUUUCAUGCAUAGGUCAUACUAUUAGAAGCCCCUUGUCAAAAAUUGUUGUGGUGAUAUGGUGCUUUGCAGUGUUGGUUCUUGUCCAGAGCUACGCAGCAAGCCUGUCAUCCAUUCUGACUACAAAGAGCCUCCGUCCGUUCCUGUAUUUUGGGAGCGGUGACUUUGUAGGAUACCAAGAUGGUUCAUUUGUGCGGUCCCUCUUGCUGAAUCAAUCCUUCAGUGAAAACAGAUUAAGGAGCUACAGGACGAAAGAACAAUAUGCUGAUGCUUUGAGGAAGGGAUCCAAGAAUGGAGGGGUGUCGGCUAUUGUUGAUGAGAUCCCCUAUUUAACUUCUUUCCUCUCUGAUGGUCGGUAUGAAAAUGAUUUUAUGAUGCUUGGAUCCGUAUACGAGACUCCUGGAUUUGGUUUUGUAAGCUACUCGACCUUAAUGCCUUCGUAUUGCUUAUUUUGCAGCGCUAUGCUGCAAUCUAGAUACAGAAUUAAGUUGCUGACAUCGUUUUCUUAUCUUCAGGCGUUUCCUCUAGGUUCUUCGCUAGUGCAUAAUAUUUCAAUUGCCAUCCUAGACCUAGAAUCAGGGGGUGAGGGCUCACGGAUCAAAAGGAACUGGUUUGGCACAGACUCCGUGCCUCUCACUUUCGAAAGUUUCUCUAGUUUGAUGGAUGCUAGUAAGGUCCCUAACACGGAAUCCAAGCCUCUCACUGUCCAAUGUUUCUCUGGUCUCUUCGUCAUCAUUGGAUCCAUUUCAACUCUCAUGUUGCCGAUAAGCAUUAUGAGGUUGAUUUAUGCCAAAUGCACUGAGUUGAGAAAGGCUGAUGUGAAAAGUGACAGUGUCACCGACGAUGAGUCCCGUCUGUUGCAGAAUGGCAUAGGUGACAACCCCAGCCCUGGUCUACAACCCUUCCAUGUAGCUGGCAUUGAAAAUUCCGGGGGUGUCCAAUUAAGCGGCGAGAAUGUUGGGGACGUGGAGCCUGACACAGUGCAGCAGAAUGGCAUGCAUGGUGACUCUGUCCCUGCAGGACACAUUCAGAUUGAGAUGCACAAUGUCUAAGGUGAAGGGAAGCGCCAGAUGCUCAUAGGUACUUCUUUCGUCAUUGAAGCGAUGCGGCAUUCCAAACCUUGGACUAGAUAGAAGUACUAAAAUAAUCUCUC